AGCUCUCGAACGGGCACAUUUCCCGCGAAUUCUCCAGGGAUUGCGACCAAACCACGACCAUGGCCGACUCUGCCGUUCUCGAGGCAGUCAACCGGGGCAAUCCUGUUGUUUUCUUGGACGUCUCCAUCGCCAACCGCCCUGCCGGACGUAUCAAAAUGGAACUUUUCAAAGACGUAGUUCCCAAGACGGUAGAAAACUUCAGACAGUUCUGCACAGGGGAGUAUCGUGAGAGCGGAUUGCCAUUAGGCUACAAAGGAUCGCCUUUCCACCGCGUGAUCAAAGACUUUAUGAUUCAGGGCGGAGAUUUCAUGAAAGGCGAUGGCUCGGGUCUCAAAUCCAUCUACGGAGAUAAAUUCGCGGACGAAAACUUCGAUCUGCGGCACACGGGGCCCGGCCUGCUCUCCAUGGCGAACAGCGGGCCCAACACGAACGGCUGCCAGUUUUUCAUCACCUGCGACAAGUGCGAGUGGCUGGACGGAAAGCACGUGGUCUUCGGCAAGGUCUUGGACCCGGCCUCCAUGCUCACAGUCCGCAAGGUGGAGAACACGGACGUGAAACGGCUCAAAGUGGAGGUGACUGAGUGCGGCGAAUUGUAGGGAAGGGGGUAGGCUUAGGGGCAAAGGAUGUAUAUAAAGUGAACACGCACAAAGCAACGACAAAGCUCUGCCGA